AUGCAUGAAUUCAACUGCACAAACUCAACACUGCAAUCUGCUUUAAGCUUUGCACAAAACAUUGUCGCUGAGGCGGUGGCGGCGGGUCAAAACCAAACGCAGGUCUAUGUAACGGAUUCUUGCCUGGAGAAGCCCUAUCGAUGUCCACACCCGAAGAUCCAGUUCUAUUUGUAUACGCGACGCACGCAGGAGCAGCCCGAGUUCCUCGACGUGCUCGAUCCAAAUUCUUUGUAUUUUACGCACUUUAAUCCGCGUCAUCCCACCAAGAUUAUCAUACAUGGCUUUGGCGGCGGACGCUCGCUCAGUCCCAGUCCGGACUUGCGCGAAGCCUACUUUGCCGUUGGGGAUUACAACAUCAUCAUUGUGGACUAUUCCAAUGCGGUGAAGGAGCCUUGCUUGAGUCAAAUGGAAUGGGCGCCGCGCUUUGGCAGCUUAUGCAUUGCUCAGCUGGUCAAGUAUCUGGCGCGUCAUCCACGUGGCACGCAGCCGGAUGAUCUUCAUUUCAUUGGCUACAGCGUGGGUGCGCACAUUGCCGGCUUGGUAGCCAAUCAUCUAAAGCCCGAGGAGGGCAAACUGGGCCGCAUCACCGCUCUCGAUCCCACAAUUUUCUUCUAUGCCGGCGCCAACAAUUCCCGCGAUCUGGACUCCUCCGAUGCGCAUUUUGUCGAUGUUAUGCAUACGGGUGCGGGCAUCUUGGGCCAGUGGCACUCCAGCGGACAUGCGGACUUCUAUGUCAAUGGGGGAACCAGGCAGCCCGCCUGCGUUGGCUCCGCUACUUUGUUUCAAACUUUGGCCUGCGAUCAUACAAAGGUUACGCCCUAUUUCAUCGAAUCAAUUACCAGCACUCGUGGCUUCUAUGCGGGUCCCUGUCCUAAUCUGUUUACCUAUCUGAUAGGCUGGUGUGAGCCCAAGGAUUCGGAAUAUGUGCUCAUGGGCGAGCAUUGCUCACACAAAGCUCGAGGCAAUUAUUAUGUAACCACCAAUGCCAAGGCGCCGUUUGCUCGAGGAUUUCCGGGCAAAGGACGCGCCAAUGGUGAAUAUCAGGGCGUGCGGCGACGAUAGAACUUGGGUGAAGUUGGAGCUGUAGUAGCACUUAUGUGAUUUUAGUUUGUUUCCUAAAUGUAUUUAUUUGAAUUGUGAAAUGUUCUUUAGUUAAUAUUUGCCGCCAUUAAGGCUUUGGUCAGAGGUUUGGCGCCUUGUACAAAUCUAAACUCUAAUCAUUAAAUAGUAAGCAAAAUUUGCUGGCAUUUGAAUAAAAUACAAAGCGA